GGGAGGUGGUGGAGGGGGGAUAGAGAGGGGGCUCCACGGAGCCCCACCGCCAGCAGCUGCACCAGCGGUUACUUCUCCCACAGUGCCUCGGACGCCACGCUCUCUGACGUGCCAUUCGGCGGCAGCGACAGCUCCGACCAGCUCAGCGCCUCCGCACUGGCUCAAGACAGACAUGACCCUGACCGGGAAACCCACAAUCUGCACCCCCACGAGUCCCCCUCCUUCCACUGCACCAGCACGGGCCGAAGCUGCGCCCAGACCAGAAGUGCCUCGCCGUGCGGUGACACCCAGACCCCUGCAUGUCCCCCUGGCGUCCCCUCCCAGCCCCUCCCCACCCCCCAAACCACCACCUCCCCCUCCUCCCCUGUCAGUAUUCCUAACUGCUCAGAGCAGCCACCCUCACCGUGGCCCCGCAGGUGUGUCCUCAGCGUCAGCCAGGAGUUUACAGACUUCAAGGGGGCCGAUGACGGCAUGGAGGAUCUGGGUGAGCUGGGACACUUCCAGCCUGGGGAUGCAGCACACAUAUCCCCUGUCCCAGCGGAGGAGGAGAAAGAGUGCUCUGGCAGCAGGGACCAGACCUCUGACAAAUCCCUGGUCGUCAUCAACCCACAACAACAACAACGUUCAUCUCACCUCCCUCAGCCCCACUCACACCUCCACAACGGCAAACAGUGUGUCGGCAGCGUAGCCGUGCCCUGCCCACCCCCCUCCAUCCCCCCAGGCCAGCUAGCAGGAGGAGAGCCCCAGGUCCAGGAGCCAAUCCAGGGAGACCUACCUCCAGGGAGCCCCUGUCCCAGCCCAAGCUGCCCCAGCCCCAACCCCAGCAGCACUGAGGCCUCUGGGGACUCCUGCAGUGGGGACGAGGGCUCUGGUUCUCCCGUGGCCCAGCUGCCUGACUGGAUGGCUCCCGGGGAGCAGGUGUGGGUGGGGAAGAGGAGCGGCACGGUGCACUACGUCGGCGGGGUGGAGUUCGCCAAGGGGAUCUGGGUCGGGGUGCAGCUGGACCUGGCUGUGGGCAAGCACAACGGGACAGUCCAGGAGAGGGUUUACUUCCGCUGUCCUCCAGGCCACGGGGUGUUCGUCAAGCCCUCCUGUCUCACUAGAGGACCCCCCUCCAUGGACACCACAGACCCCCAGCCUCUGGUCCGAUAAAAUUCACUAAACUCCCCAAAUUCCCAGUCUUUCCAGGAAUCCCAGUUGGAAUAUUCCCAGAAUCAGGAGGGAAUAAGAAGGAACUCAUACCAGCAUUUCUGGAAAACCUGGGAAUUUGAGGAAAGUGACUUUCCACCCAGGACUAUCAUCUAAAGGGGGUCCCCAGAUCCAGAACAGUUCCUACUAGACCAGGCCCAGAUCCAGAACAGUUCCUACUAGACCAGGCCCAGAUCCUGAACAGUUCCUACUAGACCAGGACCAGAUCCAGAACAGUUUCUACUAGACCAGGGCCAGAUCCAGAACAGUUCCUAC